CAGACACCCAGAGUGUGCGCGUCCAGGGCUCCCAGGGAGGGGCCUCCAGUUGGAGGUUAGUUACUGGGAGGAGGUUGCAGAGAUUAAGAGGAUCCCGGAGUGUCCGCACGAGGGGGCGCAGCUGUCAGCCUGCAGAGAGUCGGGAGCUGGCGCCAAGGCAGCCGGAGGAUGCCGAGGGGCCGGAGCCGGGUGGGCCUGAGGCCGAGGCGUGCGCUGCCCCCCUUUCCUAUCCCUUGAGCCACGCCAGCCGCCUGACGCGCUGUCCCCUGGAUCCACCACACCCGGGCUCCCGCGGGUGCUGCUCCCCCUCAAGGCCGCGCCCCUCUCCCGGUGGUGUUGCGUGUAGCCGCUGCUGCCUCUGCUCAGAACCCAAGCCUCGGCCGCUGGCCAUGGAGGUGGCGCCGGAGCAGCCGCGCUGGAUGGCGCACCCGGCGGUCCUGAAUGCGCAGCACCCCGACUCGCACCACCCGGGCCUGGCGCACAACUACAUGGAGCCCGCGCAGCUGCUGCCUCCGGAUGAGGUCGACGUCUUUUUCAACCACCUCGACUCGCAGGGCAACCCCUACUACACCAACCCGGCCCAUGCGCGGGCGCGUGUCUCCUACAGUCCUGCGCACGCCCGCCUGACCGGAGGCCAGAUGUGUCGUCCACACUUGUUGCACAGCCCGGGGUUGCCGUGGCUGGACGGGGGUAAAGCAGCCCUGUCCGCCGCUGCAGCACACCACCACAACCCCUGGACCGUGAGCCCAUUCUCCAAGACACCGCUGCACCCCUCAGCUGCUGGAGGCCCCGGAGGCCCCCUCUCCGUGUAUCCAGGGGCCGCGGGCGGGAGUGGGGGAGGCAGCGGGGGCUCUGUGACUUCCCUCACCCCCACUGCAGCCCACACUGGCUCCCACCUUUUCGGCUUCCCACCCACGCCGCCCAAGGAAGUGUCUCCCGACCCCAACACUACCGGGGCUGCCUCCCCAGCCUCCUCUUCCGCAGGAGGUAGUGCGGCUCGGGGAGAGGACAAGGAUGGCAUCAAGUACCAGGUUUCGCUGGCCGAGAGCAUGAAGAUGGAAAGCGGCAGCCCCCUGCGCCCAGGCCUGGCUGCUGUGGGCACCCAGCCUGCCACACACCACCCCAUCCCCACCUACCCUUCCUAUGUGCCGGCUGCUGCCCACGACUACAGCACCGGACUGUUUCACCCUGGAGGCUUCCUGGGUGGCCCUGCCUCCAGCUUCACCCCUAAGCAACGCAGCAAGGCACGCUCCUGCUCAGAAGGCCGAGAGUGUGUCAACUGUGGGGCCACAGCCACUCCUCUCUGGCGGCGAGAUGGCACUGGCCACUACCUGUGCAAUGCCUGUGGGCUCUACCACAAGAUGAAUGGGCAGAAUCGGCCGCUCAUCAAGCCCAAGCGGAGACUGUCUGCUGCCAGGAGAGCAGGCACUUGUUGUGCAAAUUGUCAGACGACAACCACCACCUUAUGGCGCCGAAAUGCCAAUGGGGACCCUGUCUGCAAUGCCUGUGGCCUCUACUAUAAGCUGCAUAAUGUGAACAGGCCGCUGACCAUGAAGAAGGAAGGGAUUCAGACUCGGAACCGGAAGAUGUCCAACAAGUCCAAGAAGAAUAAGAAGGGGGCAGAGUGCUUUGAGGAGCUAUCCAAGUGUAUGCAGGAGAAGGCCUCCCCCUUUAGCGCUGCUGCCCUGGCUGGACACAUGGCACCUGUGGGCCACAUCCCACCCUUCAGUCACUCGGGACACAUCUUGCCCACCCCGACGCCCAUUCACCCUUCCUCCAGCCUCUCCUUUGGCCACCCCCACCCAUCCAGCAUGGUGACCGCCAUGGGCUAGAGACAGCACUCCACAAACAGACAGCUGGAUGCAAAGGAGGGUGGUCUGCAGCUUGAGGCUGGAUGCUGCCAAGAUGGGUGGACCAAAACCUUAGCUGUCUGCCCUUCCCUCAAGACUGAUGCCUCUCCUAUGAGCCCGGCCGGAGCCCCUUGCUGCCUCGCUUGUGGGCGCUCUGCUCAGUGGUCCCCAGUCACUGUGAAGAUUCUCCCUGGAGCGGAGAGGCGGCCUCCGCCCAGCUGCUAUCCAGGUGGGGCUUCCAUCACCAACAAUUGUAUGGAGAGCAGAAAGGACAACUUUAUGAAGAGAGAAGGAGGGGGCAAGGGACAAACAAAGGAAACCAUUUUCAGAAGGAAAAAGGAGUAGGCAAAGAUAAUUUAUUUGCUCUUGUUUCUAACAAUGACUGGAAGAUUUGGGAAGGUCUGAGCUGUCCAAGGCUCUCCCAGUCUUCCUCACCGCCAAGUGUUGCUUGGCCUGUCCACCUGCCAGGGCUCUGAGGGCAGAUCUGCGGGGGACUUCAGCCCACACCUUCUCCGGCCUCCCUCUUUGAAAUGCUGAGCCCCAGGCUGGGCUGAGCCAAUCUCGAGGGGUUAUUGCCCACAGGAGGCAGAGCCAGUGCGUGCCCUGCUGGUGGGCCCUGGAGGGCAGAGACAAUCACAGGCGGUCCUGCGCAGAUUCCCAGGCCUGGGCUGGGUCACAGGAAGGAAACAACAUUUUCUUGAGAGGGGAAAUGUCGCCCAGUUUGCUCCCCUGGCUCUGAGGCUGAAGCUGGUGUGACUUGUGUCCCCCUAAUGGCAGAGCCACAGCCCGCUUCCCUUACCAGGUGGACCCCUGUACAUACAUUCUUUUUCUGCUAACCCCUUGGUCCCCUCCCCUCCCACUAUGAGACAAAAGAAAAAAUUAUUUUAAAAAACUUGUAUAAGCUUAACUCACUGAUGAGUUAGUUGUUUUAUUUUUAAACUCUUUUUGGGUCCAGUCAAUUGUACUUUGCUACGGAAGCCCUUGCUAUGGAAAGGAAUAAAACCUACAAACCAAGGCUGUAGCUUUGCAAUUAUUUUUGGAAAAGUUUUUGGAUCCCACAGCCCUAGAAUGGAGAGCUGGGGGCCAGGGGAGGGGCCUUGGCUGCUCUUGGCUUCCGGGGGUUGAUCUGGCAGGUGGCAAAGGCAGGAGUUGGGGGUGGGUCAAAACCAAGACUGAGAGAGAGGCCACAACCCUGCUGGAGUCCCAGGAGACCUGGGUUCUGCUCUGCUUUGUUGUGGUUGUCUGGAUCCUUCCCAAGGUACAGCUGUACAUAACUGUGUCUGAGUUUAGAUUCUGUAUGCGAUGGUGGUGGGGUGUGCGGCUGGCGAGGCCAGGCCCCCGAAGAGGAUUGUGCUGAUAUAGUUGACCAAGUGCAAUAUGGGCAGGCAAUCGCUGGAGGGGCACCACCGCCAGGAAUAACUUAUUUUGUACUAGCAUCUGCAUAAGAAGAAUCGGCAGCAUUUUCUGUUUUUAUGUUUUAUUUGGCUUGUUUUAUUUUGGAUUAGUGAACUAAGUUAUUGUUAAUUAUGUACAACAUUUAUAUAUUGUCUGAAAAAAAUGUAUGCUAUCCUCCUAUUCCUUUAAAGUGAAUACUGUUAAGAAUAAUAAAUACUUUUUGUGAA